AUGACACCAUUCUCUGUCUCCGGUAUCACUAACCAGCAGCGUGCAGUUCUGUAUUCCACCCGUCGCAUCUACACCGCCCGUAAGCUCACUCUGAUGGUCAUCUUCUCCUGGGCUAUACCGCUCGUUUGCGCCCUGACGCCUGUCCUGACAGACUUUGGUGAAAUGGGCUACGAAAAGCUGUUCAAAUCCUGCACUUGGGUCCGAUCAAAUCCGUACACCAGAACCCAUCGUAUGUUAACUGCAGGAAUCUACUACCUUACACAACUAAUUACUAUUACUAUCUGUUACAUUUCCAUUUUCUGCUACGUCCGUAAGACGUCACAAGAGACGAUGGCAGCCACAGGAAGAAUCAGAGCAACGAGAAAACGAAUCUCUAGGAGACAACUUAACGUCACCAAGAACUUGCUUCACGUCGUUUUGGCAUUUCUUCUUUGCUUCACGCCAGCAGCCGUUUCACUAAUGCUCUCUUCGGAAUCCACCUACAAGCUCGUGCCCUGGUUUGCCGUCGUUUUGUACAGCAACAGCAGCGUCAAUCCCAUAAUUUACGCAACCUCGCACCCAGACUUCAAAGUUGUUAUCAGGCACCUGAUAAGGUUUCGGCCAAUCCCUCAAAGUGAUCCAAGUCUGAGAGCCAGGACAGUUUACACCAUCAGCACCUCUUCCAACCGGGAAUGCCCUGAAUACGAAGAAGACAGAAUGUGA